UUCUGCUGCUGACUUCUGAAUGAAGAUGAAGCUUCCCCUCCUCAUUGCUCUUUUAGCUUCAAUUUAUACUGAAGAUGGCACAUUCGCAUCAAUAAGCGAUCAGGUUUUCUCAAUUACUCUGAGAACAGAUGAGGAGGUUGAAAUUGUCAAGAAUAUAACCAGGAAGGACGAGAUUGAGUUGUGCCAUCCAGAUUCAGCUCACAAUAUUAAAAUCAACAGUGAUGUCCACCUGUACAUGAACUUAUCAGACUUGGAUUUUGUAAAGGAUCUGUUACAUAAAAAUGGCAUCAAGUACAAGUAUGUUACUCAUUUCUACCCUUUUGGAUGCACACUAACAGGAAGGAAAAAUUCUGCCAGAAGGGCAAUGUGGGUAGACUAUGGAAUCCACAGCAGAGAGUGGAUCUCCCCUGCUUUCUGUAUAUGGUUUGUUCAAAAUGCUAUUGAUUCUUAUAAUAAAAACCCAGAAAUUACUCAAAUGCUUGGCAACAUGAAAAUCUAUAUGCUGAUGGAUAUGUGUAUACUUGGACAACGGGGCUUUACACUGCUCACAUACACUGGCUACAGAGAAGGGAGGCUAAGCAUUGUUAGCUCUAAAGGAGCAUCACCUGACCCCUGUGACAGCGCCCACUGCGGCCCCUACCCUGAGUCUGAACCCAAAGUCUCUGUAGUAGCUAAAUUCCUCAGAGAGAAGAAGGACAACAUGAAGCUGUACCUCACCAUCCAUUCCUAUGGCCAGAUGCUGCUCUUCCCCUAUUCAUAUUCCUACAAUCAGGCCCCAAAUCAUGAUGAACUGCAACAUCUAGCAGAUGAGGCAACCCACCAGAUUCAGAUAUAUUACAGAACUAGAUACACCAGUGGUCCUGGAGCUACAACGAUAUACCUAGCCCCUGGCGGUUCUGACGACUGGGGUUAUGACCUGGGGAUCAAAUAUUAUUUUACAAUCGAGCUUCGGGACAAGGGUAGCUAUGGAUUUCUGCUUCCCCCACAACUGAUCCAGCCAACCUGCCUGGAGGUGCUUACUGCAAUCAAAACAAUCACACGCCAUGUCAUAUUAAGAAUAGGGAAUAAGUCAUGCUCUGCCUGUACUGCUCAUUGACUAUAGGGUGAUUAUGUGCUACCCAUACUCAUAUUUAAUUGUAACAUAGAAAUUCUUUGAAAC